AUGACAAUUGGGCGAAGUGUGAGGCAGAAGGCGGCCGCGGCUACUCGCCAGUGGCAGCAGCUACGCUUCCAAACACUACGGCGCCAGUUAGUAACUCCUCACGAAGGGGAAAUACGGUUGCCUUUGGUCUCACGUGAGGUCCCUGCUGCGUCCCAUGUGCCACUUGCCAUAAAGCUUGAAACAAGUCAUGAGGAGUUCCUCCGGUGGUGUCAGUUGGAGUAUUUUGGUUACUUCCACCCGGCACCUGCAGAGGGCAGAGUGAGUGGACGCACCAGCACUGAGGUAUGCUUGCACGUCGGCCCGCCGAAACCCCUCGGCUACCCGUACUCUCUCAUUGCUGAGGUCGAAAACUUUACCGAUGCAGUGCGUCAUGGCGAAGCGUAUGCUGCCUGGGAGGAGGCCGAUGAGGCCACAGUACCACAUUCAACACGGUGGCUCACUCAGUCACUUCUAGACGGAUUCGUCACUCGUCGGGUCUCGGCGCACGUCGGCUUGUCUAGUGGCAGUAUGCCGCAGACAUUAGUAACGGCCAGACAACUGAAAGUAACACUUCCUCCAUGCGAAUUGUCACCUUUUUACUUUGCCAAUGACCUCCUCUCUUCGUGGGGGGUAUUCGGCGCCACAGAACCUAGCGACGCUGAGUUUGCCAACGAUGACAUAAGUCGGCUCGUGCAGCUGGCGCAUGCUAGUGCUGUGUUGCCCAUGUAUCGUGCUAUUUGGUUGAACGGCGCUGCUCUCUGCAACGAGAAUGGUGAUGCCGUCCUGAUCCUUGGCCCAAGAAGAAGCGGCAAAACCACCCUUGCUCUUCACUGCCUCGCAAUGUCUUCGGCACGCCUCCGUCUUGUGGGUCUUGAGAACUUUCAUCUGGCUCUAGCAAACACUGUUGUUAACACAGAACCACCUGAUGGACCCACAACGCUUCUCAUGGGUCUUCCUGCGUCUGCGAGCGUGGGCCUUGGUGCUAUCAUCGGGACUCUGCGUCCAAACCCCAGCCUUGCAAUGGCUGCUCAUGGAUUUAAUUAUUCCCCUUCCAAUAUUCAGCAGCUCGUUCGCAAUAGUGAAAUGGUGUUAUGGAAUAUGAAUUCCCGUUACGGUGUGCAUAUUGAAGAAGCAUUUGGGCCGCAACGAUGGUGUCCCACAUGGCUCGGGAAGUUGAAAGGUAUUGUGAUGCUAAACUGGGAUCUCCAAGAGCUGUUAUUGCCACAAUCGUACGUAAAAACGCAAGCAUUGCAAUGGAAGUCUAAACCGGAGAUUUACCGACUGCUGAUGGCCCUCGCAGAGAACAAGGGAGCUCCACUUUUCAAGGGGCACUAUCUUCUUCGGUCGAUAUACGAUGAGACCAAUGCGCCAAACCUACUUGAGGAAUUUUUGUCAUCAUUGGACGAAUCAAAUGUGCCGCCUCUCUACGAGCUAAGAGGGUCUGUAAGCUUUGAUAUGGCGGUAGAGUUGAUCUGCAAGCGCAUUUUUAAUUGUGUUGAAUAA